UACCGCCAGAGGGCAGUAUGUCUCGCAUUACUUCCGGAUAGUUCAGUAAACAAUGGCGGACCGUAGCAACAGUAUAAACAAAGAGAAUGAAGACGUGAACCUGCAGACAAUUGAUCGGCUUACUGUUCAAGAAUUGAAGAGUUUUUUGCGCCAGCAUGACCAGCCAGUUAGUGGACGAUCAACUGAAUUAAAGGAACGUGCGAAAGGUGUGUUGAAACUUGGUAUCAGACGGAAAGAUAUACUACAGCGGGAAGAUGAAAGACAAUCCACUCUCUACCAAGCCCGUAAGUUCGUGUCCCCUCUUGGCGAAAUUUUACCCCACCCAUCCACAUUGAAGAACUGGACCGACAAUGCUAGGCAGAUACCUGUGUUUCUAGAAGAUGCCUUAUAUAAUUACCUUGUUCUGAACAGACAGCGGACGUUUGAUAAUGCUCCAAUGGGUGCUGUUAAACAACUUAAAGCAAAGGUCUUCUAUGAAGAUAGUCAUGUUCACCAUAUACGAUACAGCCCUAUCACAGACCUCUGUUCUCACUGUUAUGUAUCAUGUAAAGUGGUACCAUCCAUGCCAACGGCAGAUGUGAACAAGUCUCCUGACUACAGUGUUUGGAUAUGUAUAUCGAAGCAGACUGGACAAGUGCAUGCAGCUGAUUGUAACUGUCCUGCAGGAAAUGGAGAAUCGUGCAACCAUGUGGCAAGUCUUCUGUAUGGCCUUGUUGACAUCACAGAGAAGAAGCAGUCUGGGGAAUUAGCGCCAACCGCUGAACCCUGUAAAUGGAGCCAGCCAAGAAAGAGGAAAUUGUCCCCCAAAAAGGCAGAACAGAUGAAAUUUCGAAAAUACACAAAUACUGGUAAUGCUGAUAAAUCAGACUACACAUUAUUCCGACCAUCUGGAGUUCAGCCACCAUUGGAUAGGAAUUCGUUCCUAGCAGAGAUGAAGGAAGUCUUGCCAAAUGCAGGGUACAUGAAGCUGUUUCCAAAACAGAAAGCUCCAGAACAUGUCUUACAAGAGUGUUGUUUACCAGAACCAAAAUUUAAUUUUCAUAAUAGUGUAGACUUGUCUUCAAGUGCUUGUCAGAUUGAGUUUGAUAACUAUGUACAGGAUUUGAUAGACAAUAGUGCAUGUACAGAUACUAUUGAGGGAUUGACCAAAGGACAGAGUACAAAUGAUGUCUGGCUGAAAGCAAGAAUAGGGCGGAUCACAGCAUCGCGUUUCGGGGUAGUGUGUCGCAGGAAACAAGAUGUAAAUCCAAACAGUCUGGUAAAAUCUGUAAUGGGUUAUUACUCUGAUAAAACCAACGAUGGAAUGGAAUGGGGGAUUAAUCAUGAAAGAACAGCCAAUCUGGAAUAUAUUCAGAAGAUGAGAAGCAAUGGUCAUAGCUCAAUAACUGUGCAAGAGAGUGGACUGUGUGUUAUGGUAGAUCAUCCAUAUAUAGGUGCUAGUCCUGAUGGUUUUGUUUCAUGUGGUGACUGUGAAGACAGUAAAGGACUGGAAAUCAAAUGUCCUUUCAAAUAUCGAGACUUUUUCUCCAAAACAUGCUGCUACACAUAA